CCGACUUCAUUUCUCCUCCCCCCCACCCCCAGAAACCAUAAUCAAACAUCAUGGAUUCGGUAGACAAGCUACUCAGAUCGGCGCGCUCAGCGCCAUACGGCCACCUCCUCCCAGCAGAGGACCGCCUAUUCAGAGUCAUCGCCGAAGAAGUGCAAUUGCACAUGAUGAACUACGAUGCUUCUCAUGACUUCGACCACAUCCUUCGGGUCCUGACUCUAUCCAUGCAUAUCCUCGCCCUGGAGUAUGAAGAUCACGAUAACCAGAAUAAAUACGACCCUACCGUGGUGCUUCUCGCCGCCCUCCUCCAUGACGUGAAUGACCGGAAGUACCUACCCCCAGCGGUCAAUGGGCAACAGACUUCCAAGAUUGCACUGGUUCUUGAGCAAGCUGGGGCCUCCGCCGAUCUAGCGGCCAUCGUUGAAACGGUAGUCGACCACGUUUCCUAUUCGUCGGAGAUCAAGGACCCAGCAAAGGUCCAGCGGGCGUUGCAGCAGCAUCCUGAACUCGGGAUUGUCCAGGAUGCGGAUCGCAUUGAUGCCAUCGGGGCGAUUGGGAUUGGCCGGACGUUUACGUUUGGAGGGGCCAAGCUGCCGUUGGCGGGUAUGCAGAAUGUGAGGGAGCAUAUCGAUGAGAAGCUGGAGAAGCUCGAGGGGAUGAUGAAGACGAACACUGGCAGGAAGAUGGCGAGGAAACGCACGGAGAGAUUGACGAUGUUUAAGAAAUGGUGGGAUGAGGAGACCAUGCUGGUGACUGGUAUAUAGUUGCCCUUCUAUUAUAUUCGUUCCUUUGUCGCGUUUUGGAUAGGUUAGUAUAGAUAGUUAAGCGAGGCCGACUAGACUGUACUGGCGUUUUCUUUGACAUCUACACCAGGUUAAGGUUGUCUUAUAGUUUCCACUGGCUUGCAUUCAGAAUGGCCAGGUAGGCUUCUGGAAUUUAAACCGUG